GUUAGAAAAUCGCAUAAUCUUCAAAAAGCUUCCUUCCUUCAUUCCUUCUUCUUCUUCUUCUUUUCUUCUUCUUCUUCUUCUUCUUCUCAUUCAGUUUUCUUCCUUCUUCAUUGCGUUUCCCUCACAAACUUUGGUACUGCACAAACUCUUGCUCAUUCACACAAACUCCGCGAUCCAUCUCAAAUUUUCUUCACAUCUGCUGCUUCCUUGCCGCUCUUCUUUGAACCAACGAGUGUGACCUCUACGAUUUUGGUUCUAAUCCAACUUGGGGCAUGAUUUGUUAUUUCACAACAAAUACUUAGCUUCAGCGAUGAAGAGGUCUAGAGAAGAUGUAAACAUGGAAUCACAGCUCCAGCGUCCUGUAUUUCCCUCUAGAGGAGAAUCAACUGUGCAGAGCCAGAUGGUAGGAGGUGGGAGUUUGCAAAAACUAACGACGAAUGAUGCCCUAGAAUAUCUUAAGAAUGUGAAGGACAUCUUCCGAGACAAGAAGGAAAAAUAUGAAGAUUUUCUUGAAGUCAUGAAAGAAUUCAAGGCCCAAAGAAUUGAUACUGUCGGUGUCAUAGCAAGAGUGAAGCAGCUAUUCAAAGGUCAUCGUGACCUGAUUUUGGGCUUUAAUACGUUUUUGCCAAAAGGAUAUGCAAUAACUUGUCCUCUUGAGGAUGAAACACCUCCUCAAAAGAAGAAGCCUGUUCAAUUUGAAGAAGCUAUCAACUUCGUCGGUAAGAUUAAGACACGGUUUGAAGGUGAUAACCAUGUAUACAAGUCAUUUUUAGAAAUUUUGAAUUUGUACAGGAAGGAAAACAAGUCUAUAAGUGAGGUCUACCGGGAGGUUUCUGCACUGCUGCAAGACCACCCAGACCUUCUUAGGGAGUUUGUUCAUUUUCUGCCUGAUGCUUCAGCCACAACCUCAAAUAAUCACGUGUCAUCUAUGAGGAAUUCUGUCCUUCGUGAUAGAAAUUCUUCCAUACCACCUAUUCAACAAAAGGAGAGGGCAACGACUCCACAUACUGACCAUGACAUUGGUGUCAAUCAUCCUGAUUGUGACCAUGCUAGAGUUACUAUCAAAGGCGAUAAAGAGAAAUGUCAGCACAGCGAAAAAGAGAAGGAUAGGAGAGACAACACAGAUAGUAUGGAACAGUGUAGGGAAAUUGAUAAAAAAUUUAUCGAGCAUGAUAGCAGUAAGGACAUCAGCAUGCAAAGUUUUUCACAGAAGAGGAAAUCUUCUGUUAGAGUUGAAGAUACGACUUCAGUGAAAUGGCAUCUAAGUGGGGAAGGUAUGUCUUUUAUUGAGAAGGUAAGGCUGAAGUUACCAAAUGUUGAUGUUUACCAAGAAUUUGUGAAAUGUCUUGACAUAUUCGACAAGGAAAUAAUCACUCGAUCAGAACUGCAUUCUUUGGUGAGAGAUUUACUUGGAAGAUAUCCAGACCUUAUGGAUGCUUUUGGUGAAUUUAUGAUACUUUGUGACAGAACUGAUGGGCUUCUAGCAGAUAUUAUGAGUAAAAAAUCCUUGUGGAAUGAAGGUAGUUUACCAAGAUUAGCGAAGGUAGAAGAGAAGGACAGAAAUCGAGAUCAUGAAAGGGAGGAUGGUUUUAAAGACCGUGACCAUGGAAAUCGAGAAAGGGAUAGACUUGAAAAAAGUGUUGCUUUUGGCCAUAAUGAUGUUGGUAGCCACAAGAUGUCUUUAUUUUCUAGUAAGGACAAAUAUUUUGGGAAACCUAUCAAUGAACUUGACCUCUCUAACUGUGAGCGGUGUACUCCCAGUUACCGUCUUCUCCCAAAGAAUUAUCCAAUACCCUUUGCUAGCCAGAGAACAGAAAUUGGUGAUCAAGUUUUAAAUGAUCAUUGGGUUUCUGUCACUUCAGGAAGUGAGGAUUACUCUUUUAAGCACAUGCGCAAAAAUCAGUAUGAAGAAAGCCUCUUUCGUUGUGAGGAUGACAGGUUUGAAUUGGAUAUGUUGUUAGAGUCUGUUAAUGUAACAUCCAAGCGGGUUGAAGACUUAUUAGAAAAAAUCAACUUGUCAGACAGUCCAGUCCAUAUUGAAGAUCAUUUAACAGCACUUAAUUUGAGAUGCAUUGAACGCUUAUAUGGUGAUCAUGGCCUUGAUGUGAUGGAUGUGUUAAGGAAGAAUGCUCCACUUUCUCUCCCUGUUAUAUUAACCCGCUUGAAGCAAAAACAAGAAGAGUGGGCACGGUGUCGAUCCGAUUUUAAUAAGGUUUGGGCUGAAAUAUAUUUCAAGAAUUAUCAGAAAUCUCUUGAUCAUCGUAGCUUCUAUUUCAAGCAGCAGGAUACAAAGAGCUUAAGCACAAAAGCUUUGUUAUCAGAGAUCAAGGAAAUUAAUGAAAAGAAGCAUAAGGAAGAGGAUGUACUGCUCACUAUUACUGCAGAAAAUAAACGACCUAUAAUUCCAAAUUUGGAAUUUGACUACCCUGAUCAAGAUAUUCAUGAAGAUCUCUAUCAUCUAAUUAAAUAUUCCUGUAGAGAACUAUGCUCCACAGAUCAGUCUGAUAAAGCUAUGAAAAUUUGGACAACCUUCCUGGAGCCCAUGCUUGGUAUUGCUUCACGGCCCUUGAGUUCCGAGGUUUCCAAAGAAAUCAUUAGAGAAAAUAAUUUUGCAGUUAGAGGUACUGCAAUUGGUAUGGUAGGGGUUAGCAGUAGCCAUACUGUUGGAGGUGAUGAGUCUAAGCUGCGAGAUCCUCCCAGAAUUGAAGUAGGAGGUGUUCAACCUAAACAAUCAAGCCCUUGCAGGGUUUGGCCCAUGAACGGAGAUUCUUGUAUUGAAGAAAAUAGUUUUCACAAAGCAAAUCGUGUUGACAGCAAGGUGGAUAGUCUCCGUAAAUUGCAGUUCAACGAAAAUCAAGACGAUUCUAAUGAGAGGUUGGUAAAAUCCAAUGUGUUGGUUAGCUCUGUGCUCGAACAAGGGAAGGGGAAAGUAACUAUAGAAACUGCAUCAGGGCUGCGCUCUACUCCAUCCAGAACUUGGAAUGGUGGUGUUGAUAAAGGGCUUGAGUUAGCAUCAUCACAGGGGGGUUGUUCAUCAAGGCCACUUUUGUCUAAUGGUGUGAUGGCAGAAGGCUCAAAUGCUCCUAGUUUCAAUGAAAAAUGUGAUGGGCACUCAAAGAUAGAGAGAGAAGAGGGUGAACUAUCACCAACUGGAGAAUUAGAAGAUAACUUUUCAAAUUAUCAAGAAGGUAGUCUUGAUAAAGCAAAAGACAGUGCUGCAGGCAGGCAAUGUUUCAGAGCACACACAGACAAGAUAUCUUGCAGGGAUGUGACAAGAGAAACUCAUAUAGAUGCUGAUGAUGAAGGGGAGGAAAGUGCUCGGCGGUCAUCAGAAGACAGCGAAAAUGGUUCUGAGAAUUGUGAUAUCUCUGGAACUGAGUCUAUUGAUGGAGAGGACAGUACUCGUGAAGGGCAGGAAGACAGGGGUCAUAAUGACCAUCAUAGUAAGGUUGAGAGUGAAGGGGAGGCUGAAGGAAUGGAUGAUGCCCAUAGUGCUGAGGGUGAUGGAACAGUGUUACCCUUUUCGGAACGUUUUCUUCUCAACGUGAAGCCGCUUGCUAAGUAUAUCCCAUUGGCAUUACGGGAUGAUAAAAAGAACUCCCGGAUUUUUUAUGGAAAUGACUCCUUUUAUGUUCUUUUUAGACUUCACCGAACAUUGUAUGAGCGGAUACGAUCAGCAAAGAUUAAUUCAUCAUUUGGUGAGAGGAAGUGGAGAGCUUCAAAUGAUACUAGCCCUAACGAUCUGUAUUCCAGAUUUAUGAGUGCACUUCGUAGUUUACUUGAUGGCUCCUCUGAUAAUAUGAAGUUUGAGGAUGACUGCCGAUCUAUUAUUGGAACCCAGUCUUAUGUUCUAUUCACUUUGGAUAAGUUGAUUUAUAAACUCGUUAAACAGCUUCAAACAGUUGCUACUGAUGAGAUGGAGUCCAAGCUUCUUCAAUUAUAUGCCUAUGAGAAUUCAAGAAUGCAUGGAAAGGAUGAAGACACAGUUUAUCAUGAUAAUGCCCGUGUGCUUCUUCAUGAUGAUAGCAUAUACCGAAUUGAAUGUUCAUGUAGUCCAGGUCAUCUAUCCAUUCAGCUAAUGGAAUUUGGCAAUGAUAAGCCUGAAGUGACGGCUGUUUCAAUGGAUCCUAAUUUCUCAGCUUACCUGCACAAUGAUUUCCUCUCCAUUCUUCCGGAUGACAAAGAGCAGUCUGGAAUCUACUUACACAGAAAUAAGUGCAAGCAUGCCUGCAGUGAUGAAAUUUCUGCUGCAUGCGAGGCCAUGGAAGGACUUAAGGUUGUUAAUGGUCUGGAGUGUAAAAUCACAUGCAAUUCAUCGAAGGUCUCCUACGUUUUAGAUACAGAAGACUAUUUGUUUCGCACAAAAGGCAGAAGAAGAAGUUUGCAUAGAAGUGGUUCGUGCCGUCACCACCAGUCAAGGUCUUCAAGUGGAAGCUCAAGCAGAGGACAACGAUAUCAACGAUGGCUGUCGAGCUCAUGAUGCACAUCCUAUUACUUAACUGUUUCCAAUGGCACGAUGUGGGCAUCGAAAGAAGCUCAGGGGGGAAUGAAAGAAUCGAGUGUGCUUAGGGGAUGAACGAACGGAGCGUGCCAAAGAAAAAGAUAAAAAAAAAAAAGAAAAAGAAAAAGAAGGAAAAGGUGUGUGGUGAUAUUAGCCAUUUAUUUGUCUGUAAUCAGACAAGUUACACCAGAAACGUAUGGAAGUUGGAUCCAAGGGUUAUAGAUUGGUUGCGUCAGAAUCUUGUAAAUAGAGGUAAUUUGUGAUGUGCAAGUGGAGAGGGAACUACGACACCUACAGUUCUACAUUUCAUUCUUUCUUGUUUCUUCAAUAAACUGUAUUUGUAUACAGAAAGAUGGUUGCGUAUUUCAUCUAUAAUUAAUUUGUUGUGGCCAUUCUAAAAUCAUUGGCUGCUUUUGUCUUGUGCCAUAAAGAAUGCCAUAAAAUCAUUUUAAAUUUCCAUACAUUUAUUUAUUUAUUUAUUUAUUUCUAUUGGAAUA